AUGUCCUUCCCUCAGCUUGGAUACCAGUACAUUCGCCCGCUUUACCCGUCCGAGCGCCCAGGGGGUCUGGGCAGCUGUGGGGACCGGCGGCCCGUCACGGGGCGCCUCUGGGGCCCCCUGAUUCCGUCGCCCAGGAUACUCCGGGUCCAGAUUCCUGGACAAAUAGGAAUCCCUCCCGCGCGGCGCAGCACCCUAGCUACGCGGGCCUUGAGCACAGGACACACGUCGGGUCGCCGCUACCAUUGCGCGUCUAGCGCACACAGCAGUGUGCAUCUCGCCUUUGCGUUGGACAUCCUCUGCACGCCCCGCGCUUGGGCCACAAUGAAAGAGCGUCUACAGCGAGCCUCAGAAGCGCUUCAUGCUCUGGGAACGCAGCACGAAGAGGCCAGUUUCAGCCUCCGAGCCGAGGCCAGAAACUCCGUGGCAGAGUCGCCGCCCCCACGCCGUCCCCUGGGCGCGCCCGCUGCAGCCAGGCCGGAGCGUCGGUCGCCGCCGCGGCCUAAAGCGCUUGGCCCGGAGCAGCGGCAAUUCCCGGAAUUUCAAUACCGCUCUGGGCUGCAAGCCCUAAUCCGUGAAGUGUCCAACGUGCUCUCGUCCGUGUACGGGGCGCCUUACGCCGCGGCCGCAGCGGCCGCCGCCGCCGCCCAAGGCUACGGAGCCUUCUUGCCCUACGCCGCGGAACUGCCCAUCUUCCCGCAGCUGGGCGCGCAAUAUGAGCUGAAGGACAGCCCCGGGGUGCAGCAUCCGGCCGCGGCCACAGCAUUUCCGCACCCGCACCCCGCCUUCUACCCGUAUGGCCAGUACCAGUUCGGAGACCCGUCCCGUCCCAAGAACGCCACCCGAGAGAGCACGAGCACGCUCAAGGCCUGGCUGAACGAGCACCGCAAGAACCCCUACCCCACCAAGGGCGAGAAGAUCAUGCUGGCCAUCAUCACCAAGAUGACCCUCACCCAGGUGUCCACCUGGUUCGCCAACGCGCGCCGGCGCCUCAAGAAGGAGAACAAGAUGACUUGGGCGCCCCGCAGCCGCACCGACGAAGAGGGCAACGCUUACGGGAGCGAGCGCGAGGAGGAGGACGAAGAGGAAGACGAGGAGGACAGCAAAAGAGAGCUGGAGCUGGAAGAGGAGGAGCUCGGGGGGGAGGAGGAGGACCCCGGGGGCGAGGGCCUGGCGGAAGACGACGAAGACGAGGAGAUUGAUCUGGAGAACUUAGACGGCGCGGCCGCCGGGCCUGAACUGGCCCUGGCUGGAGCGGCGCGCAGAAAUGGCGACCUCAGCCUGGGGCCCAUUUCGGACUCGAAGAAUAGCGACUCGGAGGACAGCUCCGAGGGCUUAGAGGAGCGGCCACUGCCAGCCCUGAGUCUGGUCCCAGCGCCACCGCCAGUGGCUGCGGCUCCGCCAUCUCCUCCCUCGCCUCCCGUCGGCCUGGAUCCCUGCGCUCCCGCACCAGCGGCCGCCUCCUCCCUGCAGAAGCCCAAGAUUUGGUCUCUGGCAGAGACGGCCACAAGCCCGGACAACCCUCGCCGCUCGCCUCCGGGCGCGGCCGGUUCUCCUCCCGGGGCUGCCGUCGCGUCCCCCGCCCUGCAGCUCUCUCCCGCCGCCGCCGCCGCGGCUCACAGACUCGUCUCGGCGCCGCUGGGCAAGUUCCCGGCUUGGACCAACCGACCGUUCCCAGGCCCGCCGCCGGGCCCACGCCCGCACCCGCUCUCCCUGCUCGGCUCUGCCCCUCCGCACCUGCUGGGACUUCCCGGAGCCGCGGGCCACCCGGCCGCCGCCGCCUUUGCCCGGCCCGCGGAGCCCGAGGGCGGAACAGAUCGCUGUAGUGCCUUGGAAGUGGAGAAAAAGUUACUCAAGACGGCUUUCCAGCCCGUGCCCAGGCGGCCCCAGAACCACCUGGACGCCGCUCUGGUCUUAUCGGCUCUCUCCUCAUCCUAG